CACUAUUUACACAAGGCAACGGGCAUAGCAGAAACAUCUGGCAAAUCACAACAUCGGUGGCCGAACUAACCUGCUAAAUUCGUGUUGUUUUUGUGCUGUUGACCCGACUUUUGGAAUGUCUAUUUCGGGUGUCAAAAAGUUCUAAGAAACUACGCAGCUCUGUAUCAUGUGGAGAACAAUUUUACUACGCCGGGCUUAUGCCGGUGUGUUUCAGUCUGUGCUACAAAAGGGCGAUCCAGGUUUCUCCAAGUUUCCUCCGUCGGAGCUCCCACUACUUGUAAAUCAAUGCCGAUCAUUCAGCAAACCUCCGAGGUAUAGGAAUCCACCUCCUCCAAUCAAACCAGAGGAACCCUUGCCCGAACCUCCCCCGUUUUCAUCUGAUGAUAUUGACUUCAUCGGUGAAUUGGCGUCGAGCUGUGCUGGGGAUUCGAGAAAUGAAGUCCUCGACGGAGUGGGUACACUCGAUAAUAGCCCCGAGUUACCAGAAGCUCCUAAAAUUACUGAUGAAUGGGAACAAGAAGUCGAAGUGGAUGACGAUACAGAAGAUGUUGAAGAUCUAGAUCCUGUUCCGUAUUUUCCUCCUGUUCAAAAAUCUUUCAAGUUGUCUGUUGGACCGGGUGUUGACAAUAUGAAACUCCUCUCAGAAACAAAAUCUGCUCUAUUGAACGAGGAAGCAGCUCAAGCAAUGCCACAAAAUGCCACAACACUCUUGGAAAACAAUGCCAACCUAGAGCGAAUCCUUGCUGCAUGGAGUCAAGCAGUUCUUCCUACACCAAUCACUGGUCCUAUGCCUCUUCAUGAGUUAGCUAAUAGAAGUACCAAACUAAAAGAACUAGUCAAACUUGGAGUAGAUUUGUACAAAAUUGCUGGAAGACAUGGGGACUUGGAGAGAUUAAUGGCAUUAGACUGGGACCAUCAAAUAAAACCACAAAUCAGAUUUCUGGUUGAUUGUGGAAUUGAGCCAGAUCGCCUGGCAGAUUUUUUCUCGCGCAACACAGCACUCCUAUGGACUGACAAAGAUGAUAUACAAGUUCGUCUCAACUAUCUGGAGGCCAAACAAUUUUCUCCUGAGCAAAUUAAAAAGAUUGUGAAUGGUGGUGCAUUUUGGCUUACACUAUCAACAAAAGAACUAGAUGCAAGACUUGGUUUUAUUCAGAAAACCUAUAAGCUUCAAGGCAGUGAUGUUCGUUCCGUUGCCUCAUCCUACCCUGCAAUAGUAUCCACUCCUAAGUGGAGUGUAUUUGUAGACACAACAAAACUGAUGGACCGUGAAUUUGGGUUUACGGGUUGGGAACGUAAGCAGUUACUCUUGACAGCCCCACAAUGUUAUUUGCAUCCAUCUGUUUUAAGAAAGGCGUUUGAUUUUUGCCAUAAUCAAAUUGGAUUUACUCAUACCCAAUUGGUACAACAUGGACGUCUGCUUGUGAACAGAGUCAGUACAAUGCAACCACGCUACAAGUUCCUUAAAUUUUUGAAAAGAGACAUUUUUAAUGUUAAAGAUCCUUUAUACAUUUCUCCAGACUGGUUAUGGAAAGGUACUGUGGAGGAAUUUUGUGAAGAAGCUGCAAAGACUUCUGUUGAGGACUUUGAAAACUACUUAAGAUAUUCAGAUCAUACUUAAGAUUAGUCUGUUUUGUUGUAUAUUAUUAGCCAAUAUUUAGUGGAUAGAAUUAACUUUAAGGAUACUGUAGGUUUUCUAUUGCCGUCUCCUCUAAGAGGAUGUUUAAUAAAAUUAAAUAUCUUAACAGGGGA